AAAUGGACAAUAAGUUAAAGAAGGCAGAUAGGUUAUUCGAGCAAGGAGUUUAUGCUAGAAGCCUUGAACUUACUAAAAGAUAUCAGAAAGUGUUGAAAGCAAGAUUUAAGCGAUAUAACAGCAAUAUGCUACAACUUAAAGGCUCAGUAAGAAGAGCAAAAACAGAGGACACUAAGGACAAAAUUGAGGGAAGUAUCCCAAGAAUAACUAAUAUUGUUACUCCUACAGCUUAUACCUCAGCUAUGGAUGCCUCUGCCUUGCUAGAAGCCCAGAACAAUACAACUAAACAUCAAAAGAGGGUGCGUAAAUAAGAAGUCUAAAAAGCCGACCAAAAAUAGUAAUAAUUUAAUACUUGAGGAAAUCAAGGAAGAGGAUGCUCAGCUGCUUCAAAGAGUUGUCCAUGAUUUUAAUAAAUACGCUCUGGAAUGCGUGAAUACUUCGAGGCUAGAGGAGAGCCAGAUAAUGUUCUCAAAAUUAGUGAAGAUUUGUACAUCAUAUUGCAAACAAUUCCCGAAAUUAACAUGCUUGACUUAUAAUAACCUCAGUUGCUUGUAUAAGAAAACAGGAUGUCCAAAGAAAGGCCUCAGAUGCUUAUCCAAAGCACUGGAUUUAGCAAAGAAAGAUGCAAAGCAAGGAGAGCAAUCUGAGUACCUCCCAUUGACUUUUAUUAAUCUCAGCGCAAUAUACUCUGAAAGCCAGAUGCACAAGAAGAGUCUCACUUAUUCACAGAAAGCAGUAGAUGCCCUGACCAGUUUGUGAGGUGAUUGGGAAGAUGGUGAUAUCGAAGUAGAGAUCCAGGAUGAAAAGUCCAAAGAAUAUUUCUCACUUCUCGCCAUUGCUUAUUUUAACGUUGGCUCUCAGUAUGAAUUCUUGGGUCAAUAUGCAGAAAGCAAGCUUGUGUUCCUAAAAUCAAUCCAAGUUCUCAAGAAGUUCUUUGGAGAUGGGCAUCCUUUAAUAGAAGAAAACAGAAAAUCUUUAAAGAAAAUUGAUAAGAGACUUAAACGAGAGAAGAACUCUGUCUCCAAGACCUUUUCUAACCUUGACUCCAGUGUCAUUCACAACAGAAUGUCCCGGCUCAUGGAGGACAGGAAAAGCUCUAAAAGAUCUACCAAUCUCGCAUUCGGAUUGAAGAAGAGGUUCUUCACAAAUGAGAGGAAGAAUAAAGGCUCUAGAAGGUAUUUUAAUAAGAAUGGCUUCUGUGGUGCAUCCCAAAGAAACAUAGCUCUCAACAACCAAAGUAUUAAUAAUGAAAUCACUAAGGAUAUGAUCCAAGAAGCUGACCUUGACUCAGCAGUGAAGCUUGAUAAGAAAUUUGACAUAAACAUGAUGGAUGAUGAAUACAAGCUGAAUGAAAUAAGAGAAGGAAAUGCAGUCAAUAAAUCUCUAUCAAAGGAGUUCUCAACUUCAUACAACCAACAAAAUGCUUACUCUAAUAAGGUUAAAAACAGGAAAAGCAAGCGUCCUCAGAGUGCAAAGCUGAGCAUUGGAAAUACAUCCAAGAUGAAGAUCGUCAAGAAGUUACAAGAUGCUUAUGCUGAUAAAUUAGCUAGCAAGAACAAUGAUUUGUCUAUUCUAGACUCAACUAUCCGGGAUAGUCACUACAAGGAUAAAAUGUUGGAGAUCAGCACGAACAUUAAGUCUAUUUACAACCCAAGCCCGAAUAAGCGAAGGGAAACAGCAAAAUCUUCAAUAAAUAAUUCAAAGAUUAUGAAUGAGUCUAGCAUGAUGAAGAACUCCUUCGCUAUGAGUAACGAUGUGAAUAAGUUGCUGUCAAAUUGUUCAAAGAUCUAUAACUCUAAGCCACGUAGGGAGAGACCUUCCACUGCAAAUGUAAACCAAAGAUCAGCAAUGCAAACAGAUGCGUUGAGAGGGGAAUAUCAGAGCAUCAAGUCACAUAUUUUGAAUGGAAAUAGACCAGAAUACACCUCAUUGAAUAAAACUUCAUCUAACUUUUUCAGAAAGCUGUCUUUUAAGCCUUACCAACCAAACCAAUCUCGAGCUCUAGGACCUAAGAAAGUAUUGAGAGGGUCUAAGAGAAAAAGACAGAGAAAGAAUUAUAGCGAAAGAAUAAUUUCUCAAGAGAACAGGGAAAAGCAAAAUAAAACUUCAAUGAGUUUUACAAAUGUGAUUAUUGUAUAGCAGUCUAAUCAAUAAUUUCUCAAUUCAACCACUGUGGGC